AUGGCCGGAAUCUUCGAGCAGUCACGUGGCGGAGGAACUCUGUUCCUCGGUGGAAACAAAAUCAGCGGCCAAGAUAUUCGCGACCAGAAUGUCCUUGCAACACAGGCAAUCGCCAAUGUCGUCAAGUCGUCGUUCGGGCCCUCAGGCCUCGAUAAGAUGAUGGUAGAUGACAUUGGUGACGUUACCGUCACGAACGACGGCGCUACGAUCCUAAGCUUGCUCGACAUCGAGCACCCCGCAGGAAAGAUUCUGGUCGACCUCGCACAACAGCAAGAUAAAGAAGUUGGUGAUGGCACAACAUCGGUUGUCAUAAUAGCAGCUGAGCUGUUGAGGCGGGCGAACGAGCUCAUGAAGAACAAGAUCCACCCCACCACAAUCAUCACGGGCUACAGGCUGGCGCUGAGGGAGGCGGUGAAGUACAUGAACGAGAACAUCAGCACAAAGGUGGACGCGCUCGGCCGCGACUCUCUGGUCAACAUCGCGAAAACAUCCAUGUCCUCCAAGAUCAUUGGUUCGGACUCGGACUUCUUCGCCAACAUGGUCGUAGAUGCUAUGACCUCCGUCAAGACCACCAACAACAAAAACGAGACCAAGUACCCCGUCAAGGCUGUCAACAUCUUGAAGGCACACGGCCAGAGCGCCACUCAGUCGGUCCUCGUCAAGGGCUAUGCUCUGAACUGCACAGUCGCAUCGCAAGCCAUGAAGACCCGCAUCACUGACGCGAAGAUUGCUUGCCUUGACAUCAACCUCCAGAAGGAGCGCAUGAAGCUGGGCGUACACAUCACAAUCGACGACCCGGAGCAGCUCGAGAAGAUUCGCCAGCGCGAGGCUGGAAUUGUCGAGGAGCGCAUCGAGAUGAUCCUGAAGGCCGGCGCCAACGUGAUCCUCACAACCAAGGGUAUCGAUGAUCUGUGCCUGAAGCACUUCGUCGAGAAGGGCGCAAUGGCUGUACGAAGGUGCAAGAAAGAGGAUUUGCGCAGGAUAGCAAAGGCCACUGGAGCGACACUGGUCAGCACACUAUCUGAUCUGAACGGUGACGAGAAGUUCGAGGCAGCAAACUUGGGUCAGGCGGAAGAGGUAGCACAGGAGCGCAUCUCGGAUGACGAGUGCAUUCUUGUCAAGGGAACCAAGGCCUUCUCUUCUGCUUCGAUCAUUCUGCGAGGAGCCAACGACUACGCGCUGGACGAGAUGGAGCGAUCAGUGCACGACUCGCUGUCCGCUGUCAAGCGAACACUCGAAAGCGGACGUAUUGUCCCCGGUGGAGGCGCUGUUGAGACAGCUCUGCACAUCUAUCUGGAAGAGUGGGCAACAUCAGUCGGCUCUCGCGAACAGCUAGCUAUCGCCGCUUUCGCCCAGGCUCUUCUCUCCAUUCCCAAGACCCUUGCCAUCAAUGCCGCAAAGGACGCAACCGAGCUCGUUGCCAACCUGCGAUCGAGACACGCGCUCUCGCAACGAACCGUCAACCCCACAGAUCCUUCUUCCCAGGACGCGAAACAACUCGCCAAGUCGAAGAAUUACAAAAAUUACGGUCUCGACCUGUCGAACGGCAAGGUACACGACUGCCUGAAGGCCGGUGUGCUCGAGCCCAGCAUGAGCAAGGUCAAGCAGCUUAAGUCUGCCGUCGAGGCGUGUGUGGCGAUCAUGCGUAUCGACACACUGAUCAAGCUCGACCCCGAGGAGCAGGGCGGCGGCGAUGAUGGGCAUGGUCACUAG